CUGUGGUAUCGCGCAGAAGGCACAAUGGAGCAGGUCGCCAAACUCAAGUUCUUCAACGGGCGAGAAAUGCCCAUGGUGGGGCUUGGAAUUUGGGACAUCGAGGAGGAGGCCCUCCAGGUGGCACUCGAGAGCGGCUACAGGCACAUCGACACCGCCGCCCUCUACCGGAACGAGGCGGCCAUCGGGGGCGUCCUCGGCAGGUGGCUCUCGCAGGGAAGGGUUGCAAGGGAGGACCUCUUCGUUACCACUAAGCUUCCGAUGAUCGGCUGCCGCGCUGAUGACGUAACCAAAUUCCUGACGUCAUCAUUAAAGAAGCUGCAGCUGAGUUACGUCGAUCUUUAUCUUGUCCAUUUUCCGGCCGGACUGAAAGGGAAGGACGAGGACGACCUGCGCCCCCAGGGACCCGACGGCCGCAGCGUCCUCGACAGGGACACCGACCUCGAGCGUCUGUGGAAGGCCAUGGAGGAGCAGGUGGACGCAGGGAGGGCCAAGUCGAUCGGGAUUUCGAACUUCAACAGCGUGCAGAUUGAGAGGAUCAUGAAGUGUUGCCGCAUCCAGCCAGCCAACCACCAGGUGGAAAUUCACGUCUAUCACCAGCAGAAGGAGUUGCGAGCCCUUUGCCACAAGCAUAACAUCACCAUGUGUGCUUACGGUCCUCUUGGCGCUCCCUAUAAGGAUGACUGGACCCAGCAGCAGCCGCCCCUACAGCACCCGGCGGUGACCUCGCUGGCCGCUCGCCUGGGCAGGACGCCGGCUCAGGUCCUCCUACGACACCUGGUCCAGCUGGGCGUCGUCGUCGUGCCCAAGUCCUCGAACCCCGAGCGCCUCAGGCAGAACCUCCGGAUAUUCGACUUCAAACUGAGCGACGAAGACAUGAGAGAACUGGACAGCUUAGACCGAGGGAGAGACGGGAAAAUCUUCAUCUUUAAAAAUGUUUAUUUAGGGAUUGAGAACCAUCCAGAAUUCCCAUUCCAUAUUCCAUUCUAGAAACUCGAGGCCCAGAAUGAUAGCUUCAAAUU